AGAAUUAUAAAUUACACAUUCCAAAAACUCUACUCCACCUCUCAAUUUCAAACCCUAAAUCUAGAUUAAUUAAUCUUAAUGGUAUAAAUAUAUUUUACUCUUCAUUAAUAAUGGUAAAAGUGGUUAGUGUAAACAUAGAAAGUAGUAGUACUAUGAAUGUGGUAUUUAUGGUAAUUUCUCAAUGGUAAACUAAUAAGUUGAUUAAAAGAUAAAAAUAAUUGCAUCAACUUAUAGAUCAUAAUUUGUAUAUAUUAUUAAAAUUAAUUGUAAAUGCGUCUUAACAAGUACAGAAACAAAACAAUACUAACAAAAUCAAAAUUUGUUGAUAGAUAAAUGUCUCUUAAUGAUGCAUAAUAAUUUCAUUAGAUUAAUUUAAAAUUAAUUUUACGAGUUUAACAUAUGUUGACUAAAACAAAUAAAAAUAUAAAAUUUAUUAGAAUUAUAUAUUUUAAUGUAGAUAGCUUUAAAAGAAACAUUCAUUAGAUGAAAUAAAAUAUAAUUUGUUAUUUCAUAAAUAUAAUUUUUUCCUAAAAUUUAAAUAAUUUUAAAUAAAAUUAAAUUAUAGUUAAAAAAAUCGGAAGAAAUAAAACUAUAUACAGUUUCAUGUUUUAAAAUAAAAUUGAUAAAGUUAAAAUAUAUAUACAUAUAUUUAAAUGUAAAAUAUAUCCUAGCUACAAAAAUAUUGAGAGAACUAAUUGUUCAGUGAUGAAAGACUAGUAAGUCUUUUUUUUUUGUAAACUAAAAGACAAGUAAGUUAAACAUAUAAUAUAUAUACAUUUUUAAUGAAUGUAAAAUUUAUUCAAUCAAAACUUCUUUUAAUGCAUCUGUUUUUGAUUUGCUUAUACAAUCUAAUGAACUACAAACCAAGUUUCCUCAACUCUACACUUGUACAUCAAGUGCAUCUGUUUUCAUUUAGGAUCCUUCUUGUCUUGAUCCAAACCAAAUGCACAGACUAAGAUUAAAACAUAUAAUAAAUAAUCGUAUACGAUUACUUUCCUCGAGAAACAUGCAUGCAUUUCUUUUGCAAAAAAAAAAACAAACAUGCAUGCAUUAAGUUCAAAAAAAAAACAUGCAUGCAUAAAUCUUUUUUUUUUUUGCUAACCGAGUAUCCUGGCCCCACCGUGGUGGUCCAGACUAGAGACCGAAGUGAGCAUGGACCCGAAGGUCACCAGGUAGCUCACCGUGUAACGGUCUUCGGUCUCGGAUGCUGCAGCUCAUAUGUAAAUUCCGCAGUAGCCAGGCUCGAAUCCAUGGGCGGUCACUCCAACUGAAACUUCUUUACCACUAGACCAAAGCAACUUGGUUUGCAUGCAUAAAUCGACAUCUAUAAAUAACAUGACACACCUCCUCUUUAGUAUCAUACAUCAUUUAUAACAAACCAUAUAUACUAUACACUCAUGGCUAAGGUCAUUAUCUUCCUCGCCGUCCAAAUCCUCCUCCUCACCAUUGUUUCUUCCACCGGAGACGACGGAGAAAACUUCGCAAGAACCAUAGAUCGGAAACUUCUCGGUCUCCAUAGGAAAGAGAAGCUAACCCAUUUCAAAGUUUACUGGCAUGACAUCUUAAGUGGUCCAAACCCAAGCUCCAUCAUGAUCCAGCCACCGAUUACAAACUCUACUUACUUCGGAGGAAUCAAUAUGAUCGACAACGCCUUGACGGCGAAAGUUACGAGGAACUCAACGUUACUUGGCCAGGCCCAAGGGUUUUACGCAGGAGCGGCCCAAAAGGAGUUGGGUUUUCUAAUGGCCAUGAACUUUGCUUUUAAGAGAGGGAAGUAUAAUGGAAGCACGAUCACGAUUCUUGGUCGGAACACAGCCAUGUCGGAAGUCAGAGAAAUGCCGAUCGUAGGAGGAAGUGGGCUUUUCCGAUUUGCUAGAGGCUAUGUAGAGGCUCGAACAAAGUGGGUUGAUCUGAAGACCCUCGAUGCUACUGUUGAGUAUAGUUGUUAUGUUCUGCACUAUUGAUGUUAAUGAUGUUUUUGUCGUAGUUAUGUAUCCCUUAUAGUCUGUGUGGUGGAUUUAUGGUAGUAGUUCCGACGUUGGUUAAAUUAAUGAUACUGAUAACGGUUCUUGUUUCAAGGAGUUUGAUAUGUGUAUGUUUAUAUAGUUUUAGACCCAUCUUA